AUGAUUCAUGGUGUGCUAAUAGUGAAUUCAUGUGGUGGGCUAAUCUAUGAUGAAAUUAUUCCAUCUGCCUUUUCAGGGGAUCUUAAUAUUGACCGGGUAAUUGCCAUGGCCAGUACAAUUUAUACUGCGAUGGAGAUUCUUUCUUCUCAUGGGAUAACGCAGAGGGCAGGCAAGUAUACAAAAAUGUAUUUGAGAUAUGAAAAGGCUUCAUUAACUGCCAUGAAAACGCAGACUGACAUGAUAUUUGUGAUUAUACAUGAUACGGCAGACACUGCUGCAUCCAUUUUAAAAUACGUUGAGAAUGCGCAUGUUUCUUUUGUGAAUUCCAUUUUACACAAUCCAGAGUAUUAUGUAGACGACAGAAUAAGCAUAAAAUUUUUACAUCUUGAAAAUGCCAGACGUAACUAG